AUGAGGAACCUUGAGCGACAAGUGGAACAAUUAUCCAAACAAGCUGAACGACCAACUAAUGUGCUCCCAAGUGAUACAAUCCCCAACCCAAGGGAAGAAUGUAAAGCUGUGCAGUUGAGAAGUGGCAAGGUAGUUGGAAGAGAAGUCAACAAAGAAGCAAUAGGACAUGAAGUGGAAGAUACAAUAAACAAGAAGGAGGAUGAAAAGGCAUCAACAUCCAAAAAGAGCAAAGAAGUUGUGGAGCCACUAAGCAAGUUGCCAACCCAAAACAACAAUGCCAACAACAAGAAAAUUGUGAAGCCACAGCAAGAGGAAAGAAAUGAAGGGGUGAAAUCUUAUGCACCCAAGCUCCCUUACCCAACAAGGUUACACAAAAGAAUAAGAGACCAACAAUUCCCAAAAUUCUUGGAAAUCUUCAAGAAACUUGAGAUCAACAUUCCAUUGGCCGAAACUUCGGAGCAAAUGCCAUUGUAUACAAAGUUUCUUAAAGAAUUGAUCACCAAGAAGAGAAGCUGGCAGGAGAAAAAAACCGUACUCCUUACCCAAGAGUAUAGUGCCAUCAUUCAAAAGGGACUGCCACCGAAACUCAAGAAUCCAGGCAGCUUCCUCAUACCAUGCACAAUUGGGAACAUGGCCAUUGAUAAAUCACUUUGUGACUUGGGAGCAAGCAUUAACUUAAUGCCUCUUGCCAUGAUGAAGAAGCUGAUGAUAGAAGAGGUUAAACCUACAAGGAUAUCACUACAACUUGUUGACAGAUCCCUCAAAAUACCAAAUGGAGUAGUGGAGAAUCUCUUGGUAAAAGUGGAAAAUUUUAUAUUCCCAGCCGACUUUGUAGUGUUGGACAUGGAUGAAGAGGGGAGUAACUCGGUCAUUCUUGGUAGACCUUUUUUGGCCACUGCUAGAACAAUCAUUGAUGUGGAGAAGGGGGAGAUGAUCUUCAGAGUACAUGAUGAGUAA